CCGGAAAUACAGGCAUGUUAACAACAUUAAGGUGUAACGACGAAUUCAAUACUUGGCCUAUUAAAUAUAUUUUAAUGUGGCAAAUUCGAUAAUUUGUCGUUAAACGUGUGUUAUUUAGAUAAUCGUUAUGUCAAAGAGUGUUAUCUUUCUAGUGGUUAUUUGCUCUGGUAUUAUUUUUUUAAGUUUUAUUUCUAUUCGGGAAAGCAUAUUUAAGUCUAUAGAAACAAUAAAGACUACUCAGCUAUUGCAGCAUGAAGAAACAUCGGUUCAAAUAUAUUCACAAAACCACACUGCAGAAUGUGAGGCAGCACAAGGAAUUGUGUUUUUAAAAACCCACAAAACAGGAGGCACGAGCGUGAAGAGAUUACUGACGCAUUACAUACAAAAUCGUAAACUUGGAAACAGCUCUGAAACGGUAGGUGGAAUACCGAUUCCGUUCUAUGGGGGAUAUCCUGGCCAUUUCCGAAGUCGAUUUGCUAGCAUGGUUGGUUCUCCGUUACUCGCGGAAUAUAAUUCGGGAAGAUCUAGUCAAAGUAUCCCACGUAUGAGACUAUUGAUUGGACAUUUACGUUUUGAUAAAGACGAGUUGUUUUCAAUAAUGAGAAAAGAUGUUAAGUACAUCACAAUAAUUCGGAAUCCUAUUCGUCAAUUUGAGUCAUCUUUUUAUUUCUACUAUGGCCUUUACAAAAAAUAUACACAGGGGCAAAUAAAGAUUGCAUGCAAAGGGGAACCAUAUUUUCAGAUUUUGAAAAAAUUUGGAGUGGAAUAUGCAGACUAUAUAAACACAGUAACGGAUAGUUUAUCUAAAGAUACUGCUUGGUAUUUCAGAAGCACCAACUAUCAAUCAUACGAUCUUGGGCUAGAUUCAGACAAUCAAACUGAAGAAUAUGUAAUAAAUAAAGCAAAAGAACUGGAUUCUGUCUUUGAUUUGGUGAUGCUUACAGACCACUAUUUGGAAUCAUUGCUUUUAUUGAAGGAAGUGUUGUGUAUGGAAUGGGAAGAAUUAAUCGGUAGAUAUCGCAACAAAGGUCGAUACGAACCUCACGUAUAUACGGAAAAGGAAAAAAGGAUUGUCAGAUUUUUGAAUAAACAGGAUAUUUUACUUUAUGAUUAUUUUAACAAUACAUUUUGGACAAAAGUUGAAAAAUACGGAUUUGAGCGAAUGAAAAAUGAUAAGAAACGUCUUCAAGAAAUGAUAAGAAAAUUUGAAGAUGAAAGAACGGUCGCUAAAAGUAGGAGCAAGAGAAUAACAAAAAAUACAGUACACAAUACAUUUCUAUCAUCUACAAAUAAUAAUGAAAAUUACAUCAGCCUCUUGAAUGAAAGAAUUCAAGAAAGAACAAGCAAACAACUGAAUGGAGAUAUGGUGAAAGCAAUGGCAUAUUAUAUGUAUGAUAAUGCCGGCUGGUGCCCACAAUAAAAGCUUCUAGCGGACAGUUAAAAACUCA